GCUGCAGGUCAGUCCCACACAGAAGGAGAAAGCUGAUGUCAGAGCAGAUGAGGGAGACCCCCGUGAGGAAUUUAGAGGCACUCUAGUAAAUCCUGAGGAUCGUCAGUACAGUUCAGGGCAGUGCGAGAGCCCACUCACUGAAGCUCCUCCACAAGAGAAGCAAUAAUUUAUUAUCAGCGCUGGAGAUGAAGUAUCCCACAUGGGUUUGCUUCAGCUGGAGUCUCCUGACUGUAGCUGUGAUUCCCGUGUCUUUGGGGGAAAUGUACACGUCGCUGCUGAACGUCAAGCAGGCGAUCAGUGUUGAACGGAAGCUGAUCGAUUACUUGAGAAUUUAUAUCGACCACGAGUUUGAGAGACUGGAGGACAUCAAGCGUUUUUAUGCCAAAGUGUCAGACCUGCACACUGAACUUUACAAAGGCCCGGCGACAGCGAUGGCCAACCCGCUGGUGGCAUUCACCCUGAUCAAGCGGCUGCAUUCCGAGUGGCUGAAUGUAGUCUACAGCAACGAAGCCCUGGAGAACACACAAGCCCUCAGGUCCAGUUAUGAGGAGGAAGAGGCCGAUCUGCCCAAACUGGAAGACCUCCAGGGGGCCGCCAAGGGGCUGAUGAGGCUGCAGGAUGUGUAUGCUCUCCAAGUUGCGAGCCUUGUGAGGGGUUGUUUCCAGAGAGUCACUAAAGGCAAGCCUAUUGAUAUCUACCUGCCUGCAGUGUCUGUCCCGCUGUCUGGUGAUGACUGCUUUCUGGUUGGAAAGGUGGCCUACGAGCAGGAGGACUACUACCACUCUGUGCAAUGGUUGGAGGAGUCGGUGCGUCUCUUCAGGGGAACAGGAGGCGAGUGGAGCCCUGAGAAUGAAGGGACUUUAGAGGAUGCUCUGGAUCACCUGGCCUUUUCUCACUUCAAAACAGGAAACAUUUCCUAUGCUCUCAGUCUAUCUCAGGAGUUACUGAACCAUGAUCCAAUGAACGGAAGAGUUUUGCAGAAUGUUGAGAAAUACGAGAAGCUGCUGGGUACGAGUCCACCCAUAUCAAUAAGAGGCGAUGGGCUGAGGAGACCCACCUCCAAUAACUUAAGGACCAGGGACACUUAUGAGAGGCUCUGCCAGACCCAAGGCUCUCAGCAGCCAUUGCUUUCUGAAAAUCCCAGACUAUUCUGUGACUACUUCACCAACGGGAAUCCUGGACUGCUACUGCUGCCGGUGAGACGUGAAGUGCUGAGCCUGCGGCCGUAUGUGGUCCUGUACCACAGCUUCAUCACUGACACAGAGGCUGAGGACAUCAAGAGGACCGCCCAGCCAGGAUUGAAACGAUCAGUGGUGGCAGCUGGAGAGAAACAAGCAACGGCAGACUACCGCAUCAGCAAAAGUGCAUGGCUGAAGGGCUCAGCACACUCCACUGUUGGGAAGCUGGACCAGAGGAUCUCCAUGCUCACAGGUCUGAAUGUGAAGCAUCCAUAUGGCGAGUACCUCCAAGUAGUGAAUUAUGGGAUUGGUGGCCAUUAUGAGCCUCACUUUGACCAUGCUACAUCGCCUUCAAGUCCCGUGUUCAAGCUGAAAACUGGGAAUCGAGUGGCAACCUUUAUGAUAUAUCUCAGCUCUGUCGAGGCAGGUGGGUGCACAGCCUUCAUCUACGCCAACUUCAGCGUUCCUGUUGUGGAGAAAGCUGCCAUUUUCUGGUGGAAUCUCCAUAGAAAUGGUCAAGGAGACGCAGACACACUGCAUGCUGGCUGCCCUGUGCUUAUAGGGGACAAAUGGGUGGCAAACAAAUGGAUCCAUGAGCACGGCCAAGAGUUCCACCAUCGCUGCAGCCUGAAUCCUGAAGAGUGAGUGAGAGGGGUGGAGCGAUAGCUGGGCCCCUUGCAGUAGAAGAGCCAGCCUCUACAAUUGAGAGGCACACUUGCGGGUGGAGAGAAGGAGGAAGCCAGAAAGUGAGCACACAGGCAGGGGAGGUUAGAGCUGUUAUGGGGCAGCCUGCAUCUGUGAUUGGAGACCCAGGCCUCAGGGAGCCUGAAGCGUACAGUGCUGCAGUGGACAUGGAUAGCACAAGGCUGAGAGGUGGGGUAGAAGUGGACUGGGGCAGUUGGCAAUCAGCCCCCAGAGGCCAAAAUGCUCUCUUGCUCUUACUGGCCAGUUCCUGCAGAUGAGUGGAGUGAGGCCUCUACCUUCGCACACUGUGCUGGUUUCAGUAAACUGUGCAAGGCUGUUUGCCUCUCCUGCUUGCUUAAAAACUGAUGCAGCCCUUUUUCUACACCGGGCCCACUCUAGGUUCUGUCUUUAAAAAUCAACACAGCUGUACUUUGUGCAGAGUCUAAGAACUUUAUUUCUAAUGUGUAGAUGCAUAAGUUUACAAAAAUACCUAAUGUGCCUGAAUCACAGUGCAAUGUGUAGACAUUUCUGUUUGAUGUUGCAGCCGAAAAAUAAAAUGCUGUUUUUGGAUUUAAAUAUUCAAGUAUUCAAUUAAAAUGUGAUAAUGCUUCCAUGAAAUGCAUGGAAGAACAAGCAGAUACAGAACAUGUGGCAUUGUACAGAGUGGCAAAAAUGGUUUAUGACUUUAGGGGAAUUUCUGAGUUCAACAGAUAUUACAGAGAUUUAUUCUGUCUCACACCUCAGGACAGCAGCUCAGACUGGUGCUAUGAGUCAAAGGAACCAGUCAUUGUGAGUGUGCCUGUUUAUUCCCAGCUGACUGAACGAUGUGGUCAUUGUUGCCUGUGGGAGACUCUUUCAAUAACUGGCUGUCUCAUGGAACAGAUGAACCAGAUCUGUCAGCCUCUUAUUGAGCUUCAGAGGCUGGGCGUCAUUAAUCACACUCUGUACACCAAGCGAUUGGGAACACGUCUGCUCCAGAAUUUGUGUCUGAACUCACACAACCAACACUGCCUACAUAUCACUCAGAUAUCUCAGAUAUCUGUGUCUAAUUAGGUCAUCAUAACUCAUCUUAAAACAGAGUGAAGUAUUAAAACAUAGUAUUCAAAUUCUCCUUAUGAGCUAGGACCCUAAGAGGCUUUUUAUGUGACCUUUUUGGGGGGCAACCUGCAGAUUAAAUAAAGGGAUCUGUGAGGGUAUGACAGAGGAAUAAUACCUCUGCUUGCUCACAAUAAACAUUUUCCUUCCAGUUCCCCGAAGUGAAUAGGCUACAAACAGACACGCUCUCCAAGCCAACACUGACACAGAAAAUAUAACAACAGGACGUAUACUGGAUGCAUAUUGCACAUUCUUGUGCGCUCACUAAACAGCAGGACUUGAUUAUUCUCUCUUGGAUUUGAUGAAAAGCAAAAUGCUGUUUUUCUGAAGCUCUUAUUUGUUUCAUUGCAAUGAUUUAUACCAUUAAAAUACAGUUAUAGCUAUAUUUAGACAGAAAACUUUGAGUAUCUAACACCUUUUUGUCAACAAAAGGUUUGCAACGACUCUAGGCAUAUUUAUAGAAACACA